AUGCACAUCGCGCCUCGAACUCACUCGCCACACUUGAGCCAAACUGCACCAAGCAGCCCAGGCUUACGCAGGCCCUCGGCCACUCACGUCGCCUGGACGAGACGCUCAUAUGAAAGCAUGCCCCCUGUCACCGCUAUCAUACCCUCCCACCAGCCACACGAUAGCUGUGGGGAUCUUCAUUCAUCUCGAUCACCGGCCGAGACAUUGCGGCACAAGACACAGGCACACCUGCACUUGACCGGCACCACGGCUGCGCAAAAUCAAGAAUUGUGGCGCUUCGACAUCACCGUCUCCUCUUUUCUCAUCGAGGUUUAG